AUGCUAGUUCGUUCCAAUUUUGACUUCACAGAGGACCUGGAACCUGCUCAAGUCAACUGUGACCAGCUGCAGGCAAAGUCCCUCCACCCAAGGGUAGUAUCUAUGUCGGACCCAUGUUUCAGACAACUGGACCCAGGCUCCAGCAUUUCCUACAAGGUGGCCUUACCGUCUGUUUACUUUGAUUCCUUCCUACCAGGACAAUGUUACAAAAUCCUCUGGGUCGGCGGGCAAAUCUUUCUGUGGGACUGGGGCACACUAGCAGAGCAUUAUGGCCGCACUCUCGGCCCUAAUUCGACUGCAGUGGUCCUGCCGGGCGGGCCGCGGCAUUUCCUGAGCAUUGCCCCUGAGGAAAGCGAUAUAGACGAUGUAGGCCCAUUGCCGCCUUCGCCCCAGCCCAUUUUGGCAUCUGCCAGGAUGAGUGGCGCCCCGGUCUUCAGCCUCACCAUCGCUGGACCUGCUACGCUAUCGAUGAGAGAUCGCAAUCCAGCAGGUAGACUACGCUAUUCUGUCACAAUGACACUCUCAUAUGAUGCAGCACCGAAUGGCUUAGACGGAAUGCCUGUCACAUUCCAUACGUUUAUAUUCAAAGACAUCGACCGCCGUCAGGAGGGUUUCAGGCUCUACCUUAGACAAAAGGAUGACUGGAGCCCGCAUGAGAUUGCAGGCUCAUUCACACACCACGAAUACAGAUUUUCUGAGCGUGUCCCAGUAAAUGUUGGCCACGACAACCAGGACAAAUUUGGGGCUCUGGUGCCUGGUGAGUCGUGGUCAUUCAAGCGAGAAGUGACUGAUUUCCCAACGAAUGUGUCGCCCGGUGAUAAACUCCGGUAUGGGUUUAAAGGAGCUCAACUUGACUGGUGGGAUUGGGGACACUUUCGGGAUCAUGAAAAUACUGUGGUGUGGAUUAAUGGCAAGGUCCGCGAUCCCAAAGACAAUGGGGGCCGACCUGGGCUUGUGGUGCCGGCUAGUAACUGGGUCGAGUUUACAGUGAUUGAAUGA